CUUUUACCAUUGAGUCGAUACCAAAUGACAAGAGAGUGUGGGAAUAGAGCACAAGAUGGCGGUGUACGGUCUGUUAGAAAUAGCAAUUUGUUGUUAAUCCGGAUAGCCAGAGUUGCUCUUCAUCUUUUGCUGGUAUUCUCUUGUCCAAAACCGGUCGUAGGUUUCAGUGUGGUGUGGAAAAGUUUUUAUCUACGGUAAUUUCAGUUUGUGAAUAUUGAGUCAGAUAAUUAGUCAGCCCAAUUAGUUUAUUCAUGCGGUGAUAAGGAUUCAAUUUUAAUUAAAAAUAUUUGUUAUUAUAUUUGUAUAAUUAACUAUAUAACAAGAACUGUGUCAAAAUAGACGUAUUUAAAAUUUUUUAACAUCGGUUCCAUUUCAAAAAUUUUGAUUAAUCUGUUAAUCAUUAGUAACUAAGGUGAUACAACAUUACUUAAGAAGACAUUCGAUAAGAAUAAACUCUGCAAGAUUUACAUUGCUUCCAAUAUAUCAGAGCUUACACUGAAUAUAUACAUGGGUGUCAUGCAUGGAUAAUAUAACUUUGACUUUGUUUCCACGGUAACAAAAUAAAUACAAACCCUUAGUCAGAUUCCGGAAAUAAAAGUCAAUAAAAUGAUAGAGGUAAAUAUUGGCGUACGUCGGAGACAAAAACUGAAUACGUUGAAUGUCGAAAGAUAUCAUUACAAUAAAUAUCAUCUAUACCACGCAUCGAUCUCUCUACUGCACUGUCUAUGAUUACUGGGUAAGAAUAUUCGGUUCUUAUUUCAAGAACAAAAAUCGAAAUAGAAGAAGGGUUGGAAGGAAUAGGAAAUCGGCUGUAUCUACUACGCAUAGAAAGUCAUUAUUUAUUCAUAACCAUAUGACAUUUUCUCUAGAUAGUAAUUUCCAUAAACGUUUAGCUGUGACUUUCUGUAUCCUUUGAUAUUUUAUUAUCUAUUUCUGUAAGUUAUGAGCUUCCCGUAACAUUAACCCUCAUUGUUAAACAAAUUUUCGUCGAGUCAACAUGAAAAUUCUUCCCUAUAGUUUCAAGAUACUCGAGUACUUCGGUGGGUGGAAACCACUCGAGUGGAACACAAAUCGAAAAGGAACGUUAUAUAAUAUAUAUACAUUAACAAUCGCCUUAACACUGGCCACUUUUUGCAUAUCUUGUUUAGUAGAUUUAUUUCACACAACAAAUUUCGAAGAUAUUGUCCAAAAUAUGUCAAUGUCACUAACAUUUAUAAUCGGCUGUUCGAAACUGAUUCUUCUUAUUGUGAAGCGCAUAGAAAUAAUAAAUGUCUUACAAUUAUUCGACUUAAAUAUCUGCAGAGUCAGAUGCGCUGAAGAAGCAAACAUACUAUUGAAGUACGAUACAAAAGAAAAAAAUCUUAUCAAAAAGUACGGAGGUUCAGUGUGUAUUGCAGUAGUUGUUAUAAACAGUGCUUCGGUAUUAAAUAAUAUUCCAACAAAAACACUUCCGAUCAGUGGCUGGUUCCCUUAUCGCCAUACCAACAGUACUGGAUUUUGGGUCGCAUAUUUUCAUCAAAUGAUCGCACUUUCUAUUACCUCCAUGAUUGCAUUCUCAUUUGAUACCGUUGUUUACGGUGUUUUCUUACGAAAUUGUGGUCAAUUGAAAAUUUUGAAAAAUCGUCUAGAGAAUUUUGUGGAAAUAAUUAAUGGAGAGAAACUGAAUAACAAAACUAGUGGAUCGGUUUGCACAAUAAGAAAGAGUGAACGUAAUUUUAUUAGGCAAUGCAUUCAUCAUCACUGGAUUAUAUUAAAGUUUUCCCAACAGUCUAAUGAUUUAUUUGCCCCGAUAAUAUUUAUUCAAUACUCAUUUAGCUCUCUGAUACUUUGUCUCAUCGUCCAAUCAUCAACGAAGCUUGUUUUUAUGAGUCCUGAGUUUAUAUUUAUGGUCAUAUAUCUUGGAUGCAUGUUAUUGCAAAUAUUUUUAUUUUGUUGGUAUGGCAAUGAAGUAACACUAGAGAGUUCAGGAAUACAUUUAGCAAUUUACAAUAUGAAUUGGCAAGUUUUGAUAACUAGAAGUCAAAAAGAUUUGUUGAUUAUGAAAACCCGGGCUAUUUUACCAAUUAGAUUUACUACUGGUUACCUAAUAGAACUUUCAUUAGAUUCCUUCACUAAACUCAUUAAGUUUUCUUAUUCGGCGUACAAUCUUCUUCAUCAAAAAUAAAUUAAAAUGUAAAAAAAUCAUUAGUAUUAUGUUCUUCAUCAGAAUUUAGCAGUACUUCACGUUCAGAAGCUAAUAAAUCAAGAGGUGAACCCAAAAUUUUUAUUAACUUAUAAACUACUACGACAAAGUCUAAUGAUAUGAAAAAUAUAGUGCGUGGCAUAGGAGAAAAUGCAAUUUCCAACCGGGUGAUGUCAGCGCACGAGGUUUUUACUUGACCCUCUUCUGAAAUCGUCUUAGUUCACUCCUUCUCACGCAGUAUAAUAUCUUAUAUCAAAUUCCUAAAGAUUACUGUUGUGUAUCGACGAAUGAUAGUUAAAAAUAAAUACAUGUUACAAAAAU